GAGGGACAGGUGGAGAUCUUAACCAGAAUCUGUCUGGACUCUGCAUCAGCAACAAGCUCAUCUCUGCAUUUUGACAACAACCCAGCCAAGCAAAAUGAGUGCAGACGGAAAAAAGGAACCCCCUCCCUACAUCAUACCGGUAGAAAGUCAAGGUGAUGGCGUGAGAGUUUACCACCCCCACACUCCUUUCACCCCACCCUCCACGCAGACACAGCAAUCUGUCACGCCAGUGUACACCGGCGGAGGGGGAGGCGCAGGUCAAGGUUUGGACUCUGGAGAAGGCAAAAAAAAGUUUGUAAGCUACGACAUGGGACUGGGGACUGAGUCCGGCAUGACGACCUGCGCUUCCUGCCAGCAACAGGUUAUGACCAAUGUCACCUACAAGGCAGGAACGUACGCCUGGCUCAUGUGUUUACUCUUCAUUUGCUGUGGGUUAGUCCUUUGCUGCUGCCUGAUUCCGUUCUUCAUGAAGAGAUUCAAGGAUGCUUACCACACCUGCCCACGCUGCAACAGAGUGCUGCACGUUGAGAAGAGGAAAUGCUGUAAAUGAUGAGCACCAGGGCUGAUAUGGCACCGUAGAAAUAAGAAAUAGCCUCCUGUUACCUUUGUCUGUGUCUUAUGGUCAACCGGUAAAAAAAAUGGCAUUUUCUCAAACUGGCAGAGAAAGGUGACAGGGGUAAAUGCAGCUUGUUUCUAUGGAUGACAAAGCCAAACAUGAAUGACUUCUAUCAGAUUAUUAGGAAACAGACUGGGAGUGAUUGUGUUGUCCGAGCUUUUGUUUGUUUUUGUUUUUUGCUCUGGCAAGUUACAGAACACCCCAUGCACUUUGAAACUGUUAUCAUUAUACUCAGAAAAUUUUGGAUGCGUAAUGUUAAAAUGAAGGUUUGUACAUAGAAUAUAUUGCAUGUUUUAUGCAUAACGGGAUUGCACAAUUUCUGAAUAAAUCACAGCGGCAGUAAAUUACACAUUGAACGAUAAAAGGGUGCAGAAAUAAAUAUAUUUGCUCAUCUCCAGUUUCAUGAGUCAUUGCUCAGUAAACUGAUACACAAAGCAUACUGGGUUAAUGUCAUAUUUGCAUAUGUGUCACUCAGGCAAGGCAAAAACAAGCUUACAGUUUGUUAUAUUGGAGUGCUGUAAAUAUAGUUAAGCCUUUUGUUCAGACUAUUUGAAUGUAUUCAUUCAUUAUAUUGCAAAUUACAAUGCAAAAGUAAACCCCCCCACCCCUGGAGGAUGAGCAUGCUCUAUUGCUCUAUUAUUUACUACUAUUAGCUCUAUGAUAACAUUAUUUCUCUAAUAAAAACAGAUAUUACAGAA